AUGUACGUACUCGUUGGUUGGGUUGGUUCCAUAUCUUCGAAAUCACGUACCAGACGCUUUCAAGGAGGUGGGUACGAUUACCUAUGUUUUGAAUUGCAGAGCCGAUGCGUUGCCAGGAGCCGCGGGCGACAGCGUGCUCCUUGCCAGCGCGCGACCGCCAGGGCGCCGUGGUUGAUGACCGGUGGCACAGCCUCGUCGGGCAAACCAGAACCAUCCGAUGAGCGUGAAGGUAAAUCGUCUAGUGAGCCCCCUGCUCCGAAAUAUCGCGCGGAAGAACUGUUGGCGUGGUUGGAGUCUGCGGACCCGACGACGCGCCUCCGCGCGGUGCUCGCGUGCCGCCACCUGACCGCUGUUGAGGCGGCGCCUGUCUUGGAGAAGGCAGUGCGAAUAAACGAACCCGAGGUGCAGAACCGAUCCUUUGCGGCUCUCGCGCUGGGUUACUUGCCGAAUGAGCGCUCGUACGAGUUGCUGUCCGGGAUACUGCGUAACGAUAUUUCGGGCGAGGUUCGCUCGAGCGCAGCAGCAGCACUGGGGUAUCUGGGCGAACGACGCGCGGUUCCCGAGCUGCGUAUUGCGCUCUUGGAGGAUUUUCAUUGGUCAACACGGAUAUCUGCGGCAGUCUCCCUGGGUUUGCUCCAGGAUGAACGCGCGUUUGAUGCUCUGGUCGAUGGUCUUCGGCUGGCGCGACGUUAUCGACGCGAAGAGGGAAACGCUUUGAAGAGAGCUUGCCUGGGAUCGCUGGGCGAGCUCGGGAUGCCCCAGGCGGUGUCGCAUCUGGUUUUUUAUGCGCAGGAGCGCGACUUUUUGACGCGCCAAGUGCUAGCCGAAGCACUCGGGCGAUUGCUUCAUCGAACCCGUCGGCUGGAAGCUGAUCGAAUGACCCAGAGGCAACUGCAACUCGCACGAGAGUGUUUGGAGUAUCUGGCCCGUGAUGAUCAUGAAAAUGUCCGCCGCGCCGCCCAGCUCGCUUUGGCAAAUCUUUCCGUCGUUUCCGACUGA